AUGCCCGAGUUUGCGAUGAGCGAUUCGUCGUACUUUGACGCUCCAGACGUGAGUCUGAAGCACGCGACUUUUCCCCAUCUCACUGGUGUUGAGUGGGAUGCCCUAAAUCGCCUCGCGGAGAUAUCUGGAGAGGCAUUCGUUGUGUCUCUGAUGAGAUCAGCGACUCCUGAUGGACAGCGUCUCGCCAUACUCGACUACAUGGCUCGAGAGCUCGCCGAAUCCCAUCGGCGAGGUUUAACUCCCUCGCGGACUUCACGGAACGAUGCCGUAAAGAUGGAUACCUCCGCCUAUUCUGGCGAAGGAAAAGAACGCUUGUCGUUGUCGCGUUGGUUCCGAGAGGUUAACAUCGCUAUCGCCUCGAGACUCCUCGAGGCUCCUCAAGCGAAGGUCAAUUUCCUUCUUUCCCGUCUCACUGGGAAAGUCAAGGAGUGGGCCUUCAGAAAACUCUUUGUUGACGAGUUUGCGUUCCCCACUCUGGAAGCCAUCCAGAGUGACCUUCGACUCGCCUUCGAGCCGCCCCAGGAAGAGAAGUUGGUGCGUUCAAGGUUCCUGUCCCUGAAACAGGGUAAGAUGUUUAUGCGCGACUACGUGCAGAUGGCUCGACAUCUGGCGUCUUACAUUAUCACGCAUCCCACGGACAUGUAUACACAAGUGAACGUGUUUGUCGAUGGCAUGCGUGAAGGGCAGACUCGCCUAUCGCUGGAAUGA